CUGUGUUCCGGUGCCGUUGACGGCCGCGGACCGCAGUGACUCGGGACUAUGUUGACAGAAACUGGGGUAAAUGUCGGUGUGUUUGUGCGGAGUCACGGUCCCGACAGGCUCGGUGGGAUUUAUAUAACCUCGCUCAGGCGGUUUAACGGCUCCGGUAAACUCUCAGCGGCUCUUUGCUCCCAAACCGUCCGAGUUUCCAGCGACACAAAUGGGUGAAACGGAGGAAAAAAGCCCGGGACUGAAAUAUUACAGACUGUCGGAGGUCGAGGAGCAGAACACCUUCAAGUCCACCUGGAUCCUCAUCCACCACAAAGUCUACGAUGUCACCAAGUUUCUGGAGGAGCACCCCGGAGGAGAGGAGGUGCUGAGGGAGCAGGCCGGAGGAGACGCCACCGAGAGUUUCGAAGACGUGGGACACUCGACCGACGCCAAAGAGAUGUCGCUCGGCAUGGUGAUCGGAGAGCUGCACCCGGACGACAGGCACAAGAUCGCCAAACAUGAGGAAACGCUGGUGACCACUCUGAAGGACGAGCCCAGUUCGUGGACUAACUGGUUGAUUCCCGCUCUGGUGGCGGUCAUCGUCACGCUGAUUUACCGCAUCCUCACCACGGAGAGCGAGUGACAUCGUCAUGCACGCAGCUGUGAUGUCAUCAAAAGGCACUGCAGUCAGAUGCCCCGCCUCCUGAGUGACAGCUGCAGCAGCCAAUGGCAGCGCAGAGCGACGGGGCGCCGCGACCAACCACUGAUCACAAACACCUGAUCUGGGACCAACGACUCCACGCCGCCUCGCAGUACUACAUUACCCAAGAUUCAUUUCAUCGUGUUUAACCAAUCACAUGGCAUUAUGCUAAUGAAGUCCUUCAUGUUGUGAA